AACCCUACUUCUAUGAAAUGUGGUUUUCUGUAGGUCAGUCGAAAACAAAAGACACGUUUGCCUUUUGAUUGCGGGGCAAAUCUUAGACUGGGUUUUGUCAUUUUUACACCAGUCUGUGCAUGCCAAACUUCAGUUCUGUUAUGGGUGUGGGCUGGUUUCCAGUUACUUAUACCAGUAAAAGUGUCGUGUCUAUACUUGGCCCUGAUGACUUCUGUGGGAACAGGACUCCACCUGGUGAUUGCUCGAACAUCUUGGCUGAAAGCAGGAGAGGGGCUGAGUUGCUUUAACACUUGCUGGACAAACUCCCUUAAUGCCUUUCAGCAUCUGACCUACUGGAACAAAGGGUUUUAUGUGAUCUGCGGGACGUGCGGGUGGUGUCACAUACUAUGCUGUCCCGACUGUCUAAUACUUGACAGGCCUGUGACAAAAUGGAAAUGGAGGAAGCUAAUAAUGUAAAAGUGCAGAAGAAUCUCAGAUUAAAUGAAAAGGCAUUGAAUAUGCCAGCUGCCGGCUUAGAAACAGAUCCUUUAAAAAAAUUUACCAUCCCUAAAAUAAGGAGAACAUCUGAUAAAGUUUCUCUGACACCGUGUUGUACUAAUCAGAGGGAAUAUAGUAGUAUCACCCGGACUCUGAACCAGUCUUGUCUUGACAUAGGAUGCAACCUUCAGUCUUUAUGGGCAUUUGGUGAGAUACAGUUGGUACACAAUGAGGAUCUGGAAAAAAAGUUUGCUGCAAAGAGAACUAAAAUGCGUGAAGAAGGAAGGCAAGGCAGAGAACUAGAGGAGCAUUUUUGCUUUUUAGUUCUGCGUCGUGAUGAAGUCUCAAAAAUUUACCAUGGCGGAAUAUGUGCUGGUGAAUCUGCUAUGAAGGAACUAGGAAAUCCCCUCUGUGGAGUUUAUUUAUUCAGACAUGUGGAUAUUGCUCUUAGUUAUGCAAAAAGUAAAUUGAUCAAAGUAGAAAACAUCAUGAUUUUCAAGGUUCUCUUUGGGAGAGUGAAAAAAAUCCAACCUCCUGCCAGCAAAAAGAAAGUUGCUCUGGAUCCUACACCAAAUUUUGAUUGCCAUGUGUCUAGAAUUGCUCCUUCACUUAAAGAUCCGGUUGAUUUGCAGGCUACUGGCUCAUUGAUAUACUUUUAUGAAUACAAUGCACUUUCAAAACCAGUGGAUAAGCCUAGGCAAUGCCUUCCAUAUGCAGUAGUAGCAGUGAAAUUUAUUGGUCAGAAGGUGGACAGUGACACUCUUACAACACCUUUGAGAGCUCUCUCUAAAGAAUUUCCUAAAUAUUCUGGACAAAGAAGUUAUUGGAAAAAUUGCACUGUCGCAAAACGGAUCGGAAAAGGCACACAUUCUAAAAUAAUCUAUGAGCAUUUUAGAAAAUCUGCAGAUUUACCUGGUUUCAGAACUGAGGAAAGCACUUUUUGCAGUGCAGGAAAUUCAGAAAAAAUGACUGCUAACUUCAAAGCUUCUUCCUCCCAUGGAAAUGUGCAGAACAAGGAUGGCUUUUUAGGUGAAACCGAUACACUAGUAGAACUUAAGUCAACUGGAAGGUGGGAUUUAUUACAGGUACAAGAAAAUGAGCUGAGUCUGCUGCCUGUAGCUGGGGUAGACACCAGUGGAAGAGCUAGGAGUGAGAAUAUGAUGAAUCUAAAAGGCACUGUUCCAGAUAACAGUUGUAUUACAGUUUGUUCUGCCCACACUAAUAGUAGCUCAAGUACUGUAAUCACUUCAAGACUCAUUAAGGAUCCAAGAUUAGUGAAAAGAGGAGAAAACCUAGGAAAACAAAACGAUACAGUUUUUCAUGGGACCAUAACCUCUGAGAACGGGAUGGAAUAUCCUAAUUCUGAAAUGAAGAUACCAGUCACUUUAAAUAAUCAUUGCCCUUUCUCUGAAGAAGCUCUUCCCUGUAAUAAACCCAAACAAGAACAAGUUAGACAGAGACAUGUGGAGCAAGCAUCAUGGAAAGAGGCAACUUCAGUAAAAGAAUUUAAAUCAAUACUGAAUGGAGACAACGAAUGUUCUGAGGAAGACAAACAGGCCAAUGAUAUAACAAAGCACCAUGAAGGAAUGGGGGAGUUGUUUAUCUUGCCGGACAUUCCCAUGCACCAUGCUUUGAAUGUCUUUGCUGAAGAAAAGCACAAUGCAGCCAAAGAGAAAUGUAUCUGUGAUAGUAUAGACUUGAAAGCACACAAGAGUCAAGCAGAGGAACAGCUGAGAAAAUAUCCAUCUUUUCCACCUGAGGAUAAACAAGCUGAAACAACAAACAUGCUUGAUAGUUUGUCAGUGGAAGACAAAGCAGAUUCUUAUUACAUAGAACAAAGCUCUGAUCUUUAUAAGAAUAAUAUUAAACGUUUACCAGUUUAUGAGAGCAAGAAGAGCUUACUUUUUACUGAAGAGUCAAGCUAUAACACUCCUCUUUGUGAUUCACAGUUCACCUCUGUGCCAGAGAAAAAGCCAGUUUCAUCACUAUUACCUUCUAAAUUUACCGGCAACUCGCAUGCUGAUUCCAUUUCUCACAGUGCUGUGGAUUUGAGUUGCUGCUUACAUUUUGGAUCUCAGAAAGGUGCUGAUAAGGUACAGGUGUUGUCAUCAAAAGGGUGUAUUUCCUCUCUAAUCUCUGAAGAUUACAAAAAUAACAAUUCAAAUAACAUAUGUGCAGGUUACCUCAAAAGAAAAGAAAAAGAAAGGGCAAACUUGGAACCACCUUAUGCUUGGAGCCAGAGUAAAGUAUCAGAAAUGAAGAAUAACACCUGUACAGAUGAAAAAUCUGAUAUUUCUAAUCAUAUGGAUAAUGUUGUUUUUCCAUUUAGGAAGCAGAAUAAGAGGCAGUCUUUGACACAAGCAAACUAUUCUAAACAGGAUAAAUGUGCCCCAGUGGAUGAAAGUCAGAAAUCUCAAGAAUUGCAGCCUGUUACUUUAAUAGCACAUGAGGACAGCCACAGACAUCCUCCUGAAAAAUGCUUGUAUGAUGAUAAAAGCAUAAACAGAUGUAUCCAAUAUCCCAAAAGUGUUGAAUCUCAUGAUGCCAAGAUAGAUUGUAUUGGCAAAAUGUGUAUCCAUUUACAAGAAAAUAACUGGUGUGCUUCUGAAAUAGGAAACAGUUUAACAGAUUCUUACUUAAUAGCUGAUGAAAAUAAUACUUUGACAUUGGCAGGCAGAGAAUGUAAAGUUAAAAGUGAUGUUUUGGAUGCACAGGAUCAUUCUUUUGAAAACUGUGCUCAUAGGGAAGUGUAUCCUUCUAAGCAUACUUUAAAAAAAGAAUAUACCCAAGGAGAAAAGGACAAAUGUGACUGUGAAAAACUUCUUUCUAAGACAGUUCUGAGGGAUCAAGUAUUUGGUGAAGAAAACUGUCAUCAAGCUAAGCUUCAAAAAAGUUUUAUUUCUGAAAAAGGCAGUGAUAAUGUAAAGGCCCAAAAAGCAGUGCAUUCAGCCACUGAAAGGACAGGCAAAAAAUGCACAAAUGAAAGGAAAGAUGAUUCUGCAAAGGAAGUGAAAGACAAUUUUGUCAUCAGAGAGAGAAUAAAUGGUAUGCCAUAUUUGGCUUGUGUUAAUGACAGAACAGACAAAGCCUUGAAAAGCUUCAAUAAUGAAUGCUUAUGUUUCCUAAUAUGUCCAAAUGAGCCAGUAUCAGGUGAAUACUUUUGCAAGGAUAGCAAAGAGAGUCCUGCUUCUUCUGUAGUUGCAGUCUUAGAGCAAGAUCAAACUUGGCUCUGCAAUCAGAAAAUAGAGACCAAGAGAAAUGUUCAUAAUUUCAACCAAAUAAGCACAUGCCAUCUUAAAAAGGAAUUGCACUGUGAAAAGAAAGGCAAACAAUGCACUGCAAAGCCGCACCUUUCUUCUCUGCUGCUGACCAUUGUGAAAGAAGCUGUUUCUGAAAAAGGGCAGGUAUGCGCUAAAGAUGAGUACUAUAACCAUAAUCCAGUCAGCACAGGAAUCUGGAUGGAAGUUUCUGACAUUCAUCAUAAUAUAGAUUUAGAAACAUCAGCUGCUGAUUUAUAUUUAAUAUUUGAGGAAGGAUGUGUAUUAACUGAAAUGUAUUUGGUACAAAUGGACAAUUUUUCUAUGAAGGUAAAGGGAAUGACAUCAGGUAACAAAAGAAAUUCAGAAGACUACUCUACUACAGCAGUGUUUUUUAGGCUUGCAGAUCCACCACAGGAUUGUAGUUGGAACAAUCAGAAUGUCGCUGUAUUAGUCCCCUCCAUAUCUGUGUUUUCUGGGAAUGUGGAAGACAAGGACAAUGAAAGUUGCCAACCUGAGGAAAUAUGCACCUUUGACAGUGUGUACUUUAGAACAUUUGAUAGAAACACAUCUUAUUGUGAAGACAAUAUGCAGAAAAUAUGUAAACUUGUGAUGGGGAAGAAGAGUGAGGACUUUUUUUUCCAGGACUUGGAAUUUGAAGGUGAGAUUGAAAUUCUAUCAGAGGGACAUGAGGCAUCUCACUCAGUGCAACAAAAUAAACACAAUGAGGAGUGCGUGUCUGUUGAGGUUGACACCUUAUAUCAAUAUUUGAAAAACCGUAUGGACUGGGAAAAUUUGUUUGGAAACACUAGUCAGAAAACAUCAGAGGUUUUACAAGGUGUUUCUAUGAAGGAAAGUGAAGGUUGUUCAUCUGAGAGAAAAUCUUGCAAAAAGAAAGAUAAAACAGGAUCUUUCAAUAAGACAAUGUGGCCUGACUUAAAAAUUACAGUAACCAACACAUUUACAACAAAGCUCAGGCCUCUACACAGCUCUGUUGGAAUGGAGAGAGAGAUGUGGAGACAUCUAGUUGAACCUAUAGGAGCAGGAAACAACAUGGAAUGGGCAGAAGAGCAAAGAAUUGAAAGAUAUAUGCAAGAACUGGAUCUUAUACAAAUGGAAAUCUGCUUGUCUCAGUGUGUUCAACAGGCUGAUAGUCGCAUGUCUGAAAAACAAAAUAGUACAAUACCCACGGAAUCUCUUACUGUUUCUGAUAAAAUGAACAAAGAUAAUAGCUAUCCUUGUGCAGAGCCAAAAGAUAAUCACAAUGAAUCUAAGAGUAAAAAAAGUUUGCAAUCCAAAACUACUAAGAAAAAACAUCUACGUGGUACAUCCCACACAAAUCAAGCAAGACCUGAGAAAGUUUUAACACAUUCACCUAUAAGCAGAAAUUCAAAAUGUUGUGGUAAAAAGAAACAGCAUAAUAGUCACUGCUCAGCUGAUAGGUAUUUGUCAUUAUUUGAAGGACGAAUUAAAACAUUCGCACAGUCUGAAAAACAUAUAAAAAAUGUUCUAAAUACUCUUUGUAGUGAAGCAUCCUUAUGCAAAAGUAAACGCCUGUCCAAAAAAAUAGAUAGAGCUAUGUUUCACUUGAAAAAAGCUCAAAGAAGAGUUCAUAAAUCAUUAAAAAUUGUAGCCAAAGUUGGAAAGAAAAGACAAAGGGGUCCAUUACCAAAAUCAUAUGAAAUCAUCUGUAACAACUUAUGGGAGAGUUGUGAUCUCGAAGGUAAUAGUUUCAUGACAUCUGGCAAGUAUUAUUCUUCUGCUCGCUUUUCUCAGAAAACACAGUGUUACAAAAAAGGAAGUAAACAUACUGUAGAGUUUAUGGAACCAAAGGAUAAAAUGAGUAAAAUGGUUUUAGAGGAAGACAGGGCCCAUAGGUUUAUCACAAGCUCUGAACCUGUUGUGUUGAAAGAUAGUAUGAAUCAGAUACAUCACUGCAAGUCUGACUUAACUGUGGCACCUUCAUUAAUCGCAAAUCAGUUUUCAGCUACUGUGAGCAAAGAACGCAUUGCUCCUGAGGGUGACAGUGUGGUAGAUAUGAAAAGAAUAAUAGAAUUUCAAGCACUCUCUGAAAACACUAUAGGUUUAGAAAAGACCAAGCUAAAAGAUACAACACUAACAAAUAAGAAACAGAAGUUUUAUGUGAAUGUUCUUUCUAAAAUUCAUGUUCAAGAAACUGCUGGAAAAUAUGGCUGUGUAGUUGAUGCUAAAGGCACAAGAGAGGGGCUUAGCCCUGAAACAAGUACACUUACCAACAAGAAUAAUAUAAAAACUUUGAGUUCACCUUUCAAAAGGGGUGCUACAGACAAAAGAGAAAAGGGAGCAGCUUGUAAGGCUAAUGUAAAGGUGAAUACAGUUGCACAUACUUCUCCAUUAAAAACAUCUGCAGAAUACUCUUUAGAUGCUGACAAAUGUGAUUUUUCCAUGUUGUCUGGCACUCGCAAGAAUAUGGAAGGUAGUCUUUCUUCUGAAAAGGAGUUUAGGGAGCUACCCCCUGUCCCAGAAGAAAACAUAAAACAGAGUAUUGGGAAUUUUUCUUCAGAGCCAGUGAGGCAAAAACUUGCAAGAGUAGGAAAACGUAAGAUGUGUGAGUCUCCAGUUGAGAAGAAAAAAGAUAAAGAAAAGUCAAAUAAUUGUGACAAUGAAAGCAAACAUGAACAUGAAAACUAUGAGUUUCUCAAUGUUUUGAUUUCACAUCCUGAUAUUUGCUGUAUUGGAGAAAUAUUGGAUGAAGCUCAGUGUGCAGACCUCAAGAAGUUAAAGCAGCUAAUGCUUAGAUGUACAAAACAUUUAGAAACCUUAAAAAGAUAUUUUCAGAUUUUACAAGAGGAAGAUGUAAAUAGUAUUUUGAUUACAGAGGAAAAUGUGCUAGACACAAUGAAAAAUGAAAAUAUUAAUGUUGUCAUGCUAAAGCCUGAAGCUGUUGAGACCUACAUUGAAGUGGUAAUGAUGUAUGAAACCGUACACUUCCUUAAAAAUUCAAUAGCAAGAAAGGUAGAUGAACCAAGAUUUCGAGGCUUAUUGUGGUUUGAUUUAUCACUUCUUCCUGAACUGGUACGUUGCCAAGAAAAAAUGGCUUCUUUUUCAUUUCUGAAAAAUAAUUCAACAGACAAUAUUUGUAAAGCUGUAGAAUCGGCCGUCUCUGAGCUGAAGAAGGAGCUAAAUGUUAUUUGUGACUAUUCAGAAAGCAGAAAUUGCUCUUACGCACUUCAUCUUCUGACCAGAGAAGUUGCCGAACUUUCAGAAAUAAGGAAAUUGCUAGAAAAUUCUAAGCCUUCUAUCUCCACAUAUGUUGACUGCGUACCUUAUACUAUAUCUGCAAACUAUGGGAUUACUGUGACUGAACUGGAUUACAACUACAACCAGUUUUCUUCGUUGCUUGAACAUUUAAUGUUAACUGCCAGGAAAGAUUUAGGAAAAAUGGCUCAUAUUAUGAAAAUUAUGAAGACUAUUGAGCAUAUGAAGUUUUUGUGUGCCAAAAAAGGUAAAUCAGUCCUCUCUCUUUUGAUACAUCAAAUGCUAAAUAAUCGGAGAAAAUCUUGCCAAUUAAAAAGAAAGGGUGACAUGAAGAUACAUCCAGCUGAAACUGAAAAAUGGAUCAGUGAAUCUCAGGCUUCAAAGUGCCUCAUCAAAGAUGGCUCUCAGACCCAGAAAAAAAGACUGGCUUGUGAAGCCUCUUAUGGAGGCACUCUUGAGUCCCUGGAAAGCUCUUCCCCUUCUAGCUGCAAAAAGAAAAAGGUUGGUGGUUCAGUGGCAGCAACCUCAAAAAACAGUGAUGAAAAUAAAAUAUGCAGCCAUAUGAGAGAAAAUGGAAGAGCUAAUUGCCAAAAUGGGAAAGGUAUCUCAUUGGAUAAUGUGAAUAAAAACAAGAUGCGUCUUAAAAAUGUUGUGCAAAACCAAUUGCCCAACUCACCUUUAUAUUUAAAAGAUUUGAAAGCUGCUUAUUGUUCUUCACGUAUUCAAUCUACCCCAGAUGCUUCAAAAAGCUCUUUUGCUCAUUCAAAAGGAUUAGCCAGUCAGCAGAACUCAGGAGACCGAAAGAGCAUGAUCAGAAGCAACAGUAAUCUUAACAAAAGUGUAAGAAUACAUCAGCAGUGUGAAGAUGGUUGUUUACCUUUAGAAAAAGACCUACUGCAUCAGAAAUCUCUUGAGAAUUCUCCAUGUUCAAUACAAAAAUCUUCUUUUACCCCAAUACCAAAACCUCUUGCUAAUUCUUUUGCUGUAUCUGAUGAACAAAAUGAACAGAAUGCCCAACAGUCAGAUACUAGAGGAAAUACAUUUAAGUCUAACGUAGUGCCUAUAUUUGACGCAACCAGUGACUUAUCUACAAAACUGAAAAGAAAAGAAAAGGAACAUGACAACUCUGAUGGUCUAAGCGAAGUGUCUGUUCAUAUUUCAGGUGCUCCAAAGGUUACAGCAAAUAAAAUUACAACAUUUCAAUCAGCAUGCUCUGCUUUAGAACAACCUUCCAAUAAUAAAACAAAAAGUCCUGUGGAACAUUCAGACGUUUUUCAAAAUGAACUUCCAUUAACAUCCCCAGUCCACAGUUCUUCUGUGCAUACUUAUGGGACAUCUUAUCCUUAUUAUUCUUGGUACUAUUCUUCCUAUCAGAACAAUAGCAAUGGUGGCAGUUCAAUUACUCAGACAUGCCAGGGAAUAGCGUCUUACGGGGUGCAACAGUUUACUCAUUUUGGCACAUCUGCAGUUGCAAGUACUGUGUAUAAUGUACAGUCUAGUAUGUUUUAUUCUCAGGGGGAGCCACAGAAGCCUAACAUGGCUCAAACAUAUCCAGUACAUGGACAUUUUAGCUCUCAAGUGCCUGCUCUUUACAGCUCUCAAAUGCCAUCUUUAGCACACUACACUGUAAAUCAGCCCUGGUCACAAGUUCCCCUGGUAUAUCCUUCCAGUACAGGACCAUCCUCAGAAGCUGUUUGGACUAGCACUCCCUGGCAGCAGACACCUUUUCAUCCUGGAUAUUGAAACUGACUCCAAGACUAUAUUUCAGUUCAGCAUUGUUGCUGUUGUAAAUCGUAGCUUUUAUGAAAGGUAUUUAAAAUUAGAUAUUUAGUCCAAGUACCAAAACUUCUUUUCGUUAGACCAAGAUAUUUAGUCCAAGAACCAAAACUACAUUUGCUUCUAAAUAAACACAAUACAGACAUUGCAAAACAUUCUGAAGUGUAACUGUUUACCUCAAUAGGCAACACAAUUUGAAUUUAUGGAUGUAUUAGAAAAAAAAACUGCUCUCCAUUUUAGAGCAUGCACCUGUACCGCAGAAGUCAGAUGGAAUUUUGAUGCUUACAUCAGUGGGUUGAGACCUUAAUGAACUGAUGGCAAACUUCCUAAAGCCACAUUAACAUCACUUCCUUGUGUCUCUGACAACUUAACCAGUCUGAUUCUUCUGUGCAGAAGACAGUGUAAGCAAUUGGUUAAUCAUCUGUGGAGUAUAGCUUGCUCCUCUGAUUACCACUGUGGCAAUACUCAGUAUAUAACAAUUUAGUGAGACUGGGUGCUGCUGUGUUUCUGGAUUUUACUCUACUGUUUAGGUUGUGGGUAAGCCCUUACUGCUGUGAUGUGAAAGACUUUAUUUGACAUUUUCUAAUAAAAUGAAAACUCUGUCUUUUAAGUGUGACUAGGCUUUUUAGCUUAAAUAUUUAUUUAGAACAAAGGUUUGGAAAGUAUUCAUUUCCAAGUACGUGGGUGAAUUCAUGAGCGUGGUGUUAGCACAAAACUGACUUUUUGAUUUGGAAGACUUAAUUAUGAAACCUAAGCUAGGUCACUGUCCUGGAUUGUACCAAAAUCUUUAAUUUUUAAUUUUUUUUUAGUGUUAAAGAAUGUUUGGUUCUUUGACUUUUUGAUUAGCAGUUUUGUAAAAUUUAGCUAAUACUUCAUUGAAUUUGACAUGCAGAUAACUAACAUUUCUUUAAAUCCAAACAUUGUUCUAUAUUAACAUUUGCAUAGCUUAAUAGUUUAUUUACAAUUAGGCUGGCACAGUUAGAAUACUUUAACUUAAGCAACAAUUACUUAUUUUUGUAAUUUCUAAAUUUGUUUAAAAUAUUUUCUAAGUACUAUAUUUUUAAAUUUUAAUAUCACUGUAUUUUCAAUAGCACCUGAACACUACAAGUAUUUAUCUGUGCAUAUUUAUAUUUGUAUUUCUAUUAAUCAGGUGUUUUUAUAUUGUAGCAAAUAGGAAGGAAAUAAUUAGCAUUGGUAUAACUAUUAAAAGUCUCAUAAACUGCAAAAAUGUCAACUGUGUAGACGAUAUGCACGUUAAAACAAGAAUUUUAAAGCACGUUUCAAAUGUAUGGUGAAGUGCUAAAUAUAUAAGAUGUUUGGGAUCUGUAAUAGUCAUUUUUUUACUGAAGAGGGUUACCAGUAUUGUUAUGAAGUGUUGUGUACCCUAGUAAACAAGAUUAAUAUAGUUCAAGAGAAGUGAAUCACUAUCAUCAAAAUCACAAGCAAGAACUCUAGGUGAAGUCCUAGCCGUAUUUUCACCAUAUCAUUUUGGCUACUGAUUUUAGCAUAGACAGGAUUUCACCCUCUUGCAACUUGAAACAUAGGGGCUAGGAACCCAUUUACCAGUUUCUCUGCUUUAUGCCAAAUUUCAUUGUAGGUGAUCUCACUCUAUACUGAUAUGACAAUCCCCAUAUCUAAGAACCAAGUUACGCCCUGGAUUGUUCUUUACAGUGUUUGAGGAGUACAUGCAAACUUCCAUUGACAUUACUGGGAAGUGGACUUCUACAUUGAUAGGAAUAUAGACCCUUAUAAGUGUUUAAAUGUCUCAUGGUUUUGUGCAACAUACACAGCAGACUGGAAGUAAUAUCUGUCAGUUGCUAGUGAUAGACUAUACAUAUCUAUCUGUUGGUUUACUACAAGUGUUUGUUUACUACAAGUGCAUUAUGAAUAGCGUGUUUUAGAAAUGAUAUAAUAAACAGUAGCUGAAAUGUACUGCUAUUAGAUAGAAAACAACUAUUCCCUUGGAAUGAAACAAAAAUUGAUGCCUAAAUCCAACAAAAAUUAGUAAUUCUAACAAACUAAAAUCUUAGUUUGAUGUAUAUUUAGCACCCUAAAAAAAAGUGAGACUGAUAGGUAGAGGAACAGAGAGCCUUUCUAAUAAGUACCAAUGCCUCUUUUCUAACUCAGCAAUUACUUCUACUCUACCCAUUCCAUCUGCGCUUUUUCUGUAUAGUAAUUCUAUUUCUUUAAUACCUCUGCAUCAGGUAGAGUCCUGCUUUGUGCUAAACUGAAUGUUUAAAAUGUUCUUCUAUGCCCAGGUGCUUUAAAAUUUUUCCUUUGGUUUUGAAAGGACAGCAGCUAUGGGCUGUACCUCUGCCCAUUGGGCCAGAUUAACCUCAGCUAUAACUUCAUUGAAGCCAGUUAUUUGGUUUAUAAUACAAAGUUUUUUACAAUGGGUUUCUUUGCAUAUUUGAAGGUGCAAAUAAGUAGAUUUUGUCAUUUAUUGUAAUUCAUUUAGUAACAAUAAAAAUAUUUGUGUUUAA